GCGGCCGUGGGUGGAGCCGCCCGGAGUCCCCCGGUCAAUGGGCCGGUCAGAACCCGGGAGCGACGCGGCUAGGCGGGCCCGGAGCCGGAGAAGGGUCGCGCCGGGCGGAGCGGCCAGCCGCCGCUAGUGUCUGCUCUCCGCUCCGGCUCGGAACUAAGUCGCCGCGCUCAGGCCCUGGGCUUCCGUAGCUCUGGCGGAGUCGGCGCGAUGGGCGAGCCGGAAAGGCCGGCGGCGGCCAGGCCGGAGGAGGAUGAGCAGUUGUCUUCAGAUACAAAUGAAAACACAGAGAGGUCAAAUGAAGAGCCUCUUCUAAGAAAGAGUUCCCGCCGGUUUGUCAUCUUUCCGAUCCAGUACCCUGAUAUUUGGAAGAUGUAUAAACAAGCACAGGCGUCUUUCUGGACUGCAGAGGAGGUUGACUUGUCAAAGGACCUCCCUCACUGGAACAAGCUUAAGUCGGAUGAGAAGUAUUUUAUCUCCCACAUCUUAGCCUUUUUUGCAGCCAGUGAUGGAAUUGUCAAUGAAAACUUGGUGGAACGGUUCAGUCAAGAGGUGCAAGUUCCAGAGGCUCGCUGUUUCUAUGGCUUUCAAAUUCUCAUCGAGAACGUCCACUCAGAGAUGUACAGUUUACUAAUAGACACUUACAUCCGGGAUCCAAAGAAAAGGGAAUUUUUGUUUAAUGCAAUUGAAACAAUGCCGUAUGUUAAGAAGAAGGCAGACUGGGCUCUGCGCUGGAUAGCCGACAGAAAGUCGACGUUCGGGGAAAGAGUGGUGGCCUUUGCUGCCGUGGAAGGCGUUUUCUUCUCUGGGUCAUUUGCUGCUAUCUUCUGGCUGAAGAAGAGAGGCCUCAUGCCCGGACUCACUUUCUCGAAUGAACUCAUCAGCAGGGAUGAAGGGCUUCACUGUGACUUUGCUUGCCUGAUGUUUCAGUACUUGGUAAAUAAACCUUCAGAAGAAAGGGUCAGGGAGAUCAUUGUCGAUGCCGUUAAAAUUGAGCAGGAGUUUUUGACAGAAGCUUUGCCUGUCGGCCUCAUUGGAAUGAACUGUGUUUUGAUGAAACAGUAUAUUGAGUUUGUAGCUGACAGAUUACUUGUGGAACUUGGCUUCUCUAAGGUUUUCCAGGCAGAAAAUCCCUUUGAUUUUAUGGAAAACAUUUCGUUGGAAGGGAAAACGAAUUUCUUUGAGAAGCGAGUUUCUGAGUAUCAGCGUUUCGCAGUCAUGGCGGAGACCACGGACAAUGUCUUCACCUUAGAUGCAGACUUUUAAAUCUCUCCCCAGUUAAAAUACCACAGAAGCCGGAUAUGGCGGCGCAUGCCUUUAGUCCCAGCACUCAAGGAGGCCAAGGCAGGUGGAGUGUGGGGACUGUCGGAGCUAUGUAUAGAGAUCUGUCUCAAAACCCAAACAACAGCAGCAAGAGCAAACUAACAAACAAAACCUUGUUGGGAAAAUAGCAAUUUAUUUUUCUGUCUUUUUGAAACGUUGAGUAUUUCCUUUAAGGAAAUGAGAGUUUGAAUAGAAGGAAAUCAAGAACUAAAUUACAAACCGUUGAUUUAUCGAAAUGCACUUCAUUUAUUUAUACAGUGAGAGGGCGUGGCUUUUUCUUUAUUCGUUAACACAUAAGAUGGCAUUAAGAGCCUGGAUUGAGGAGUCAUAUAUGAGUUUGACAUCCUGCCCUUAUUCCUUUGUGUGACCUUGGCAGGUCAGUCAGUCACUGUAAUGUUCAGGGCAAUGAUCUGUAAACUUGUAUGAUAGUAAGCCCCAAGUUCAUGGAGGUCACAGAAGAACAGAUACACAAGGAUAAGUUUCCCUCCACUACCUCGACGACCAGUCAACGCCAACGGUACGACUGGUUGCAGUGCACUCCUCUCCAAAGUGACUGUGAUUCUAGGUUAGAUGGAGAUCCAGAGUCCAUUAGGGUCUAAUGUUGCAGGAAGAAUAUGAGAAUACCUUGAGAGGUCAUGAUUCUCAUCAGCCCCUUUGCUUGUCUCAAUCUGCGGUAAAGAAUGUAGCUCAUAACUGCUUAGGGCAGAAGGCUUGUGGAACAGAGUCCACACGUUGCCAUGGUUGUGGGCCUUAGGAAAAAAGUGAUUCUCCUUCGGGAAUUAAAAAGCCAACUGUUGCCAGGUGCAGCCCUGGAAUGUUUAGAACCAGGAUAGAUGGGCACUUCCCAAAGUCAUAUUCUCAGAGCUGGUAGAUCUUACAAUGUUUUGUGAUAGACUUCAUUUGUAUGUCUUUAUACUUUAAAUCUCUCUACAAUGUUAUGAAGGGAUGGUCUUUAAUGGGACUGUGUAUGCUGCAGAGCUAGAUGAUAAGGGAGAUGGAAUGGCCAGGAGCCAGGCCGCCUGGGCAGUGUGCCCUCUUCAUUUUCAGGAAGCACCAAGAGGAAGCCUGAGCCCCAUCAAACCCCGGUUCCUACUCAGUGAAGUGCCUGCUGCCCAAACAUGAGGGCCCGAGUCCAGAUCCCCGGCAGCUCCAUAGAAACCAUAGCAGCACAUGCUCACACGCCACACACUUGUAUGUGCACAUACACAGUGCACACACACACAGUACACACAGUACACACACAGUGCACACACAUGGAAUACAAACAAAGUUCUGGAAACUGAAAUUUAGAGAUUUCUCUCUAUGUAAGUUUUGUUCCAUGUGUUCUCUAACUACUGAUUGAUCAAACUAGGAACUCUAAAUGAAUGCAAGAGAGGCGGCAUAGUUCCACUGUUAGAGGGCCUAUCAGAAAUGAAGUGUUUGGGUUAUAGUCAGAUUGGUUUUCUUGCUGUGUGCUUCCCACUGGUCAUGUGGUCACCCGAUGCCCUUCUAAGCCUGCCAACACCUGUUACUAAAACAUGGAGAGAGGGGUGAGGGUCAGAGAAGCUGAAAAACAUAGCCAUGAUUCCAGCCACUGUCCUUUUACUGUGAGAUUCUGGGGCUGUCACAUCUUUUAACUUUCAUCCAUUGUGAUUAGUUUUGCCUGUUCCUUUGUUAAAAUAUUGCAUACAUUAUUGCACACCAUAGCAAUACUGUUUACGGUACUUUAGAGUAUCAGAGUAUCAAAGAGCUUGGAGUGUUCGGGUAGCAUGUUUCAAGAUACUUAGCUACUGCCAUACAAAACCAUCUAAAGCUGUAAUCAUCUCAGACUGAAAGACGACAGUUCAACUGUGCAUGGCCCCAAAGUUUAAGUCCAGAUCUUCCGCGUGAGUCGUGCCGGUGCCUUCAUGUGAUGCCUGCUCACAGCAGCAAUAAGCAAAGCUGUGGGGGGCUGGAGAGAUGGCUCAGUGGUUAAGAGCAUUGCCUGCUCUUCCAGAGGUCCUGAGUUCAAUUCCCGGCAACCACAUGGUGGCUCACAACCAUCUGUAAUGAGGUCUGGUGCCCUCUUCUGGCCUGCAGACAUACACACAGACAGAAUAUUGUAUACAUAAUAAGUAAAUAAAUAUUUAAAAAAAAAUAAGCAAAGCUGUGUUUAGAAGAAGUCUUAAUAUCAAAAAACUGAAUUUUAAUACACGGUAAUGUUGCUCCAUUCAGUAUUCUGCACCCAUCAGUCCCCCAAGUUCCACAUUUAUUUAUUACGUCUAUUUUGGUCCUUAGAUAUGGAAGAAUCAUGAAGUUACAGGAUGUAUCAUGUAUCACGGGUAAAGAUACAUGAUAUGUAUGGCUCUUCUCUUUUUUCCAGCACAUGUGUUUCAAAGAAAUUCAGUUUAUCGUAGAAUCAUAAACAACUUUGUCAUAACAGUAGUUCCACUUCACGCUUCAGCAUGUAGACGCAUGGUGUGGAGCAGCAUUGGACCAGUUUAUUUCAGUGCUUUCUGCAGGACUGAAUUUCAGUAAUAAAUACUUACUUUGUGAUGUAAUCCACUCCCAGCCACACCGCUAUCUGAAGAUGUUACAGUGUUUCAUUUUAAAAUAUCCAGAUUCUACUUCUGUCACCACUUUAUUAUGUUUUGUUUUCCUUCUUUUAGUUGGAAUUCAUCACGCAGUCUGGCCUGGAUUGUACUCUUGAGCCUCCUGCUCCAGCCUCCCAAAUAGGCAUUAUAGGCUGUGUGCCACCAUGCCCAGAUAUAACUUUAUUUUUUGUGAUAAAGAAGAUGUGCAUGUUCAAAAAUAAUUUAAUAUUCAGAUUAUGUAUUUUAUAUUUAAAUAUAUUUAUGUCAUUCUCAUAGA